AGCCAUGAGAAUCACUGGGAAUACCUAUGAGAUGAUAUAUUAGUAGUGCGUACACUCGCCAGCGAGGAGCUAAAUUCCUGCAGUUGAAACGUAAAAAUUCACAGUUAUUACGUAUAAUUGAGUGAGCGAUGGAAAACCACGGGGACAUAGUUAGAGUGAAAGAAGAGCUGAAAGAUUCUCCACCGGAUACAGACGAUGAUAAUUUCGGUUCUGUGAAUUCUUACGAAGCCAAAAAUUUUGAAACAUCAACGUUUAAUAAAUCAUCGGCAUAUCACAUGUAUAAGGCUAUGCAUUUACGGGAGUUGGUAAAUGAAAAAAUAUCCAUAGAGUUUGAGUGCGAAAAUUAUAAACAAGAGCUGAAGCCUUUAUCGACACCAGAUUGCAAAACUGAGUAUCCAAGUUACCUGCCCAUUGUGAAGAUAGAAAAUGAAAAUCAAACGGAUGCCAUAAAUCAAAAUUUAAUCAUUGAUUUUGAGUGCAAAGAUGUUAAACUGGAACUAAAGUCUAUAUCGACAACCAAUUGCAAAACUGAGGAUCAAUGCUAUUCACCUGUUGUGAAAAUAGAAAAACAAAUUAAGACCAGUCACUCGAAUGAAAAAAGCCCAAUGAUUUUAAUGAAAAAAGAAGUUAAUCACGAUAAUGACUACCAGUUUGAAGGAAAGUCCAGAUUGAAACUGAAUAAGUCCAAGGUUAAUCGUAGCGUUAAUCGUGAAUGUGAGUUUUGUCUAAAAUCAUUCAGGAGUAAGAGGGGCCUCAAGAUUCACAUAAAUACAAUACAUAAUAGUAUCAAACCUUUUGAAUGUAAGCUUUGUCACAAAUCAUUUAGACAAAAAAAUACCCUCAAUACACACAUCAUCGGAAUACAUGAUCGUAGAAGACUCUUUGAGUGUGAUAUUUGGACGAAAAUGUGAUCUCGCUAAACACAUAAGUUCAGUACAUGACCGGAGCAAACCUUUUGAAUGUGAGGUUUGUCACAAAUCAUAUGGCCGCAAGGACUACCUCAGAUUUCACAAAAAUGUAUUUCAUGAUCGUAUCAAUUCCUUCAAUUGUGAUAUUUGUUAUAAAUCUUUUCGAAAUAAAUAUCAUCUCAUAUCUCACAUAAGUUCAGUACACGAUCACAGCAAACCCUUCAAAUGUGACAUAUGUCAUAAAUCAUUUGCCUACCAAAGCUACAUUAAACUUCACGUCAACGCAGUACAUAAUCGGAGCAAACCCUUCGAAUGUGAGGUUUGUCACAAAUCAUUUGGAC